GCGCCUUUCCUCCUUCCCUCCCCCCGCUUCCCUCCCUGCUCCUCCUCCUCCUCCCGCUCCUGCUCUCUCGGGCUUCGGCUCCGGUGCCGGCGCCGGCUCCUCCCGGCCGCCCGGGGCCAAGGCGACAAGAGGUUGUAAAAAUCCAUGUGGGACGGCCCCGGGGCGAGCAUCGGAAAGACCUCUGAUUGGAUGCAUUUUCUGGUACAGACUAUGAAAAGAAUGCAGUGAAAAUUCUGGCCAACAGUGGAAAUAUUGGCUUAAUCUCCAACUUAGUAUAGCAUUCCUUCUUUUCUGUAGCACCUCAUAAUAGAAGAAAAAUGUAUGGAAGUGCAAGAACAAUCACCAAUCUGGAAGGUAGUCCUUCCAGAUCUCCUCGUUUGCCAAGGUCUCCUCGUUUGGGCCACCGAAGAACAAGUAGUGGGGGAGGUGGAGGAACAGGCAAGACUCUGUCCAUGGAGAAUAUCCAGUCCCUUAAUGCAGCCUAUGCUACAUCUGGACCCAUGUAUCUGAGUGAUCAUGAGGGGGUGGCUUCAACAACUUACCCAAAGGGCACCAUGACUCUGGGAAGGGCCACAAAUCGAGCUGUAUAUGGAGGCCGAGUCACAGCUAUGGGGAGUAGUCCCAAUAUUGCCUCUGCUGGACUUUCCCACACAGAUGUCCUUUCAUACACGGAUCAACAUGGCGGUCUGACCAGCUCAUCCCAUCAUCACCACCACCAGGUCCCCUCCAUGUUGAGGCAGGUAAGGGAUAGCACAAUGUUAGACCUUCAAGCCCAGCUCAAGGAACUUCAGAGAGAGAAUGACCUCCUCCGGAAAGAGCUAGACAUCAAGGACAGCAAGUUGGGGUCUUCCAUGAACAGUAUUAAGACUUUCUGGAGUCCAGAGCUCAAGAAGGAGAGAGUCUUGAGGAAAGAAGAGGCAGCCCGGAUGUCUGUCCUCAAGGAGCAGAUGAGGGUUUCCCAUGAAGAAAAUCAGCACCUGCAGUUGACAAUCCAGGCCCUUCAGGAUGAGCUGCGAACCCAGAGGGACCUCAACCACCUCCUGCAGCAAGAGAGUGGCAACCGAGGAGCAGAGCACUUUACCAUCGAACUGACGGAGGAGAACUUCCGGCGGCUCCAAGCUGAGCAUGACAGACAGGCUAAGGAACUGUUCCUCUUGAGGAAGACCUUGGAGGAAAUGGAGCUGAGGAUUGAAACACAGAAACAGACACUCAAUGCCCGAGAUGAGUCGAUUAAAAAGCUUCUUGAGAUGUUGCAAAGUAAAGGUUUGCCGUCCAAAAGUCUUGAGGAUGACAAUGAACGGACACGUAGGAUGGCAGAGGCUGAGUCUCAAGUCAGCCACUUGGAAGUGAUUUUAGACCAGAAGGAGAAGGAAAACAUACAUCUUAGAGAGGAAUUACACCGAAGAAGCCAACUUCAGCCAGAGCCAGCCAAGACGAAGGCUCUCCAGACUGUCAUUGAAAUGAAGGACACAAAAAUCGCUUCAUUGGAGCGAAACAUAAGGGAUCUUGAGGAUGAGAUCCAGAUGUUAAAAGCCAAUGGUGUACUGAACACUGAGGACCGCGAAGAAGAGAUAAAACAAAUAGAGGUUUACAAAAGUCACUCCAAGUUCAUGAAAACCAAGAUUGAUCAGCUGAAGCAGGAGCUUUCAAAGAAGGAGUCAGAACUUCUUGCCUUACAAACAAAGCUUGAAACUCUUAGCAAUCAGAAUUCAGAUUGCAAGCAACACAUUGAAGUGCUUAAAGAGUCGCUUACUGCCAAAGAACAGAGGGCUGCCAUCCUUCAGACUGAGGUAGAUGCACUGAGAUUACGACUAGAAGAGAAAGAAUCUUUUCUCAAUAAAAAAACAAAACAGCUGCAGGACCUCACAGAAGAGAAGGGGACACUGGCUGGAGAGAUUCGAGACAUGAAGGAUAUGUUAGAGGUGAAGGAAAGGAAAAUCAAUGUUCUUCAGAAAAAGAUUGAAAACUUGCAAGAACAACUUAAGGAUAAAGACAAGCAACUGACCAACCUGAAAGACAGAGUGAAGUCCUUGCAGACUGAUUCUAGUAAUACUGAUACUGCACUGGCGACGCUUGAGGAGGCUUUGUCAGAGAAGGAAAGAAUAAUUGAGCGUUUGAAAGAACAGCGGGAGAGAGAUGAUCGGGAAAGACUUGAAGAGAUAGAAUCAUUCCGAAAAGAGAAUAAAGACCUGAAAGAGAAGGUCAACGCUUUACAAGCUGAACUGACUGAAAAAGAGUCUAGUUUAAUUGACCUCAAGGAACAUGCAUCUUCAUUAGCCUCAGCGGGGCUGAAAAGGGACUCCAAAUUAAAAUCUCUAGAAAUAGCCAUUGAACAAAAGAAAGAAGAAUGUAACAAAUUGGAAGCACAGUUAAAAAAGGCUCAUAAUAUUGAAGAUGACUCCAGGAUGAACCCAGAAUUUGCAGACCGAAUAAAACAGCUUGAUAAAGAGGCAUCUUAUUACCGUGAUGAGUGUGGCAAGGCCCAAGCAGAAGUCGACCGGUUGCUGGAGAUCCUCAAGGAGGUGGAGAAUGAAAAGAAUGACAAGGACAAGAAAAUUGCAGAACUUGAGAGGCAUAUGAAGGAUCAGAAUAAGAAGGUGGCUAACCUCAAGCACAAUCAACAGUUGGAAAAAAAGAAGAAUGCCCAGUUACUGGAAGAAGUCCGCAGGCGAGAGGAUAGCAUGGCUGACAACUCUCAGCAUUUGCAGAUAGAGGAACUGAUGAAUGCACUGGAGAAGACCAGACAGGAACUGGACGCCACCAAGGCUCGCCUUGCCUCCACGCAGCAGUCUCUGGCUGAAAAAGAAGCACACUUGGCCAACCUCCGGAUAGAGAGGAGAAAACAGCUGGAGGAGAUCCUGGAGAUGAAACAGGAAGCACUGCUUGCAGCAAUCAGUGAAAAAGAUGCAAACAUUGCCUUGCUGGAACUGUCUGCCUCCAAAAAGAAAAAGACACAGGAAGAAGUGAUGGCCCUCAAGAGGGAAAAAGAUCGACUUGUGCAUCAGUUAAAGCAGCAGGUUUAUAGACCUAGGAAACAGCCCCCGAGCUCGAAUAUACCAUGCACUUGUGAUGCUGGCUACAGCCCAGAUAUUACGGCCAAGUACCACGGGUCCAGCUACGAUGCAUACAUGAUCCAAAGGUCUCAGACCCAGAACAGAAUGAAGCUGAUGGCGGACAACUAUGAUGAGGACCACCACCACUACCACCACCACCACCAUCACCACCACCACCGAUCUCCUGGGAGGUCGCAACAUUCCAAUCACAGGCCCUCUCCUGACCAGCUAUCAGAAGGGCUGACUAAAGGGGAAAUGCAGCUCUGCAGCAAUAUUCUGAUAAUCUAUUGCAGUGCAGCUCACAUCACUGUCCAUCACCACCUGGGAACGCUCAUCAGGACCGAAGAGGAGUUUUCACUUUCAUUACUGAGCACAGUUCUGUUCAACUUGGUAUUUCCUUCAUCAUCUCAUGUCCUUUCUCAUGGAUUCAGACAUGUUGGAAAGGAGAAUGCAGAGGAGGAAAACAUGGCAGAUGGGGAAACUGAGGCCCAGUCAGAAGCAACUGAUCCAAGCGUACACGACAAGGAGAAAGAGGCCGGAGAGCUUACACACCUCACCCAGCGUCCCCCAGAUGGUGCGUGGUGGAGCCAGGCUUCGCACCCAGGGCUCAGCAAGCCCUCUGCUUCAGGGCCCAGGUCAGGUGUGGGGGCGCAUAUGGGGCUGAAAUUCAGAUCCUACUGGCACCCACCCCGCAGUGCUUCCAUAUCGCACGUUUGGUCUCCACCACGACUAUCCAGCUCACAGAGGCUUGAAGGAAUUGGUUGCGUCGUCAGCGCCACUGUUGGCCCAUGUGAUGAGAGAAUGGCAGUGGGGCCCAAAGGAAGUCCAGCCACGUGUGAAAGGAGAGCUGAGACAAAGGAGCUCAUCCAGAAUCCACAUUAUGUUUGGUUGUCAUGUCCCUGUCGGCUCCACUUGACUUGUCACCUACUGUCAAAAGUAUCCAGCUGAAAAGAGUAAAAGGCAUUUGACUGAAGAAUGAUAAUACGGGCAAAUUGGAUUCCAGAUUUUGAACAACUCCGAGGUUUUCUAUCUUGAAAGUGAGAAGAAUAAUAACAACCAACUACCUAUCUCAUCCGGGUAUUGAGUGGAUUAAUGGGGUCAUGUUUGUAAGGUCCUGGACAAUUCUCAAGAGAGAAAGUUCUACCACUUUUCCGUUUCUGCCUGUGCUGAUCUAGCCCAAUCUCCUGACUUUCUGGAGCCGAUAACUGCACAGUAGCUCUGAACGGCUGACAUUCACUGAGAAGGAACUACAUGCCAAGCAUUGCACUAAACACGGUGAAUACAUUUUCUCCUUUAAUUGUCACAACAGCCCAGUGAGAACUCUGAACUGCAAGUGCUAAAGCCCAGUUCAAACUGAUUUCACAGAAGAAAGGUAAGGAGGUUAAGGUGGCCCUCAGGCAUGGCUGGAUCCAAGGGCUUCAACAAGGUCAGAAGGCCAGUGUCCCAUUUUUGUUCUCCAUUUCUGGGUUCUGCUUACUUCUAUAUUGCCUUCAUUUUCAACACUCGUUAUGUCAUGGGAUGCUUCCCAACCCCUUACCCAGAAACCACAUUUAUAGCCAACCAGGGCUCUUGAUCUGCAGGAUUCAUCUUUAGCCUGGCUAUGUGCCCUGGGGCAAGUUGCUUCACUACUCCAGACUUAAGUUCCCCUUCUGUAGCAUCAGGAUAAUAACAGCCUUCAGGUCAGGGUCCAUAUUAUGUACAUAAAAUGCUUAGCACAGAGCUGAGUGAGUGUUUUAAGACAGAAGUGGGGGGAAAUUCUAUUUUCUAUGAGGUAGGUAGUCACGAUGGUAGAAAAGAGACUGUUUACAAGUUCUCCCAACCUCAAACCAGUCUCAUUCGACAGAGGACAGUGUGCAUCUGUUCUCUGAGCCUCCUGUAAGACUUCAGUGCUUGGGAGCCCUGGCAAUGACAUGGAUGUAGAGGGUUUGUCUUCUGAUGGUGACCCAUUGAGUCAGAGUAAACCCCUCUCUCUUGCUGGACCCCCUUGUGACUCGUAGCCUGGCCAGCCAGCACGAGGAGGGAUCCCCAAUGUUGAACUUGGUCCUUAAGAGGUCACAGACCCAGCGCCCUCACCCAAGCAGCAGUAACAACCAGGAUAUGUUUACAAACACAUUUGGGGGGCUUCCCUCUCAGCCAUACGUUUGAGAUUUUAUUCUAGAGCCUGUUCGGGUCUAGUGCUUAGUGUAAGUGCUCAGUAAUUACCUGUUUUCUAAAAUGAACAAACCAACAUGAUAACAUGACCUGGCACAUAGAAUACUUAUGUGAUGAAUGUAUGAAUGAAUGAAUGCGUCAUAAAGCUUGUUAAAUGAAUAGUUGAUGAUCUACAGUAGAUGAGCCAUAAAUAUUGGCUGAAUGAGCAAAGAAUGAAUGAAUGAAUGAAUGAAUGAAUGGCCUGUCAGUCAUGUCCACGGCUACUACUUUCCAUAUGUGUUAAGCUGAUCUUUGAUUUAUUUUCUGUAGCUGUAAUUCAGUCCCAACAAACUGACCCUCUAAAUUUAUGACUUGUUUUUAUUUCCUGUUGUUGAAUUUUGAAAUAGAUGAUGCCGUCACAUGGAUUGAAUUCCGUUUUCAAAUAGAAAGAGGUAUAUUCAAACAUCCUUGAAUUGAGCAUGCAGAAUGAGGGAGGCAUGGUGCUUACGUACCCACUAAUCUCUGUUAUGACAUGUCUGCAUGACUGAGAGUAUCAUGCUCCUGGGUUGAGGAAAGGAGGGUUGUCCACAAAUGACACAUGAGUGGAGCCAUCAUGUUCCUGUAUAUACUCGGUAGAUAUAUGUACGGGCUGGAAUAGGUAAAUGUAAUCCUUUGCCAUUAUUCAUUUCACUUUCCUGAAUUCUGUGCUAUUUCCAAGGAGUAACUGCUUUUCUUCUGGGUUAAGUAGAAAUCUUUGCUUAAGUCAAAACCACUUACUUUAAAUACAUUCAGAGACACCGGGAUCUUUUGCCCUAGGAGUGUUUCUCAUGUUUUUCAAAGUCAGUGAAUUGUCACUUGACCUUAAUGGACACUUAUAGAUCACUGAAUUAAGGAUUAAACUAAGUGGAGAAAAGAAGCUUUUAUCCAAAAUUCUCUGAUUUAUUGAGACAGAUUUGGGAAGUCAUAACAGUGUCACUUAAUUGAGCAUUGAUGAUUAUAGUGCCAAUGUAUACAAAAUUAAAAGGACUUGGGAUUUAAUUCUGCUGUGUGGAAUUAUUUGUGGUCCCUUUUAAGGAGGUCGAGAAUAUUUGCACAGAAGAGAAAAAUCUUGUGAGAGCCACUCCAGUUAAAAUUCAGUAAGAUGUGUAAUUGCUAUUGUAAGUCAGAAUGUUCUUGAAAAGUUAAAAAAAAAUGCCUCAGCUUCCUAGAUAUUUUGUGCACAGGUUGGUAUCAGGAAUUCCAAAUAAGUGACUAAAUGGUGAAAUGCUGUCCCUUUCAUUUAGAUACGUUACUAUGAUGUAUCUCUCUUGCUGAAAAAUUUUCUCCAUCAUUGGUUUGAAGUUAAAAAUUGUGUCACAUAGCUGAAAAUAACAAGAAGAGAUGUUCAUAUUCUUAUGUAGUCGUGAGAUGCCAGGAUGCACUUUUCUUCUUCAGGCAAAAUCCAUUUUUAACACUCAUCCUCCAGGUAGGCUUUCCAGGUGGUCAUGAAAGGAAACUUGUUCAUUGCUUCUUAUCUGGAAAGGAUAGAUUUGAUCUAUAUUGGAAUCUUCUUAGAGCCGAAUCUGCACAUUAUCCAGCCCCUUUCUAAUGAGAUUGUGUUCUUCUGCCAACCAGUUUCACUGCAUACCUAAGUUGGAAAAUUUUAAAACAUAUUACACUUUUCUAGAUUUUUCUUCCAGAGAAAGGAACUUAGCUGAAGAAUUUGAAAACCUUCUCUUACAUACCCAGAAGUUUGGCCGGGUAAUGGGUCGUUUGGGAACAAAAGUAAUUACCGAGUGUAGGCAAAUCAGAUUUGCAAAUCCUAAUACACAGAUUUAGGCACAUGAUAUUGAAAUUUGUGACCAGUAAAUAAAUAAGACAAAAUAAAAGUCCAGCAUUUUCUCCUGUCUCUCAGGAGAGACUAAUAAAUGGACUUGGGUUCCCCUGCAAAUAGUUAACCUAUGUUCUCCUAGGGUUCAGCAUCUAGAGGCCCAGUGGCCCACAUACAAUAUGGAAUGGGCAACAAGACUGACCAUGCCAGCUGCCUUUUAAAAGAAAACGCCAGUUAAGAAAAAAAUCGCCUUUCUGAAGAAAUAGUACGGCAAAAGGGGGAGUAAUGGAACACCAUCUUCCUUCAGAAGAAAACUAUUUCUCUUAUCAGACUCCUUCCACUUAAGGGAUAACACAGGAGGAGCACCAGGCUGAGCCCUUCUCAGAGAACAGGGAAUUCAGAGGACAUUGUCCAGACAAGGUCAGAACUCAAGAUCCAUCAAACUGAACUGGACUUGAAUCAGACUUUCCUGGUGUGGCUUACUCUGGUGGUUUUUGUGUUUGGGGCUUAGUGGAGUGAAUCAGAAGCUUUCAGGA